AGGUAAUUGUCCGCGUGAUUUUACGUUGAAAACCGUGAAAAGUUUAAAUCGCUUCGUGUUUAAAGCUUUUUGAAAGUCUUCAGUGAACGUGUUAUCGAGAAUUUUCGCAAAUUCAUCGCUCGUGAGCCUGUGUCGCAGUUCGUGAAUCAUGCUGGGAAAAGAUGAGGAUUUCGCCGACAUUUCGGAAAACGACAUCGUUGGUAGAUCAACUCCGGAUGUCAUUCCGUUCGAUGUUCCGUAUCAACCUGGAUCUGAUGCUGUUGAGCUCGUGGCGGAAACCCCUGGCGGAAUUAUCAAAGAGGUGCUCACUGCUGGUGUAGGAGAUGAUCAGCCGGGUACAGGGGAUCGCAUCACGGUGCACUAUACUGGGCGCUUGCGCAGCACAGGGGCCAAGUUCGACUCAAGCAAGGACCAUCAUGGACCACCGUUUCAGUUCACGCUUGGGAAAGGUGAAGUGAUCAAAGCAUGGGACAUCGGUGUUGCUUCAAUGAAGAAGGGUGAAGUUGCUAGGUUGACAUGCGAUUCUGAAUUCGCGUAUGGUUCCCGAGGCAGUCCUCCGCAAAUCCCACCGGAUGCUGAUCUUAUUUUUGAUGUGGAACUAAUUUCAUGGAAAGGAGAGGAUCUGACAAAAGAUGGCGAUGGUGGCAUUCUGAGAUCAACGAUGGUUGCAUCGUCCGGGUUUGUUACUCCGAACGAGGGCGCCGUAGUCAAUAUUCAUGCUGUUGGUAAGCACGAAGGUCGGGUUUUUUUCGAGAAGGAUAUGGAAUUCCGCUUGGAUCUUGGUGAAGCCGACGAGCUUCCGCGGGGUGUCGAAGAAGCAUUGUACAAGUUUCAUAAGGGUGAAAAAUCCGUUCUUAAAUUAUCUCCCCAGUACGGGUUCGGAGCCGAGGGGAAUCCCCAAUUAGGGGUGCCUCCCAAUGCACACCUGGUUUAUGAAAUCACGUUGACUGAUUUGACAAAGGCCAAAGAUCGCUGGGAGAUGACCAAUGAAGAGAAAAUAAACCAAGGCUCGUUGUACAAAACUCUGGGAACAAAUUAUUUCCAGAAAGGCAAGUUGGACGUUGCGCUUCAGAAGUAUAAGAAAGCCAUCGAUUUUCUGGACGACGGCGCCGUUUCCGAGUCUGACUCUUUUGACCUGGAUCGCGAUCGGUCGUCGACAACUUCUUAUGAGGAUGCGGAAGAGGAUUUCCAGGGGGGCGGCGAUGCACCGGAAGAGAUUUCGGAAGUUUCCGACCCGCGUUAUCCAGAAACUGAAAGUUUCGUCCCGAAUACGCCGCGUCGUGAACCGCCUUCAACUGAUACGCCUGAAGAAAAGAAGUCCCGCAACGAGGUGCUACUCGCCGUUAGGCUGAAUCUCGGCCUAGUGGCGUUGAAACUCGGCGAGGAGCGCGAAUCUGUCGAGCAUUGUUCAAAGGCAUUGGAUAUUGAUUCGAGCAACGAAAAGGCGUAUUUUCGCCGUGGUCAAGCGUUACUGAAAAUGCACGAACCGGAGAAAGCUUUAAAGGAUUUCAACAAAGUCGUCGAGUUGAACCCGGAGAACAAGGCUGCUGUGGGCCAAAUAGCCCUGUGCAAGAAGUCCGUUGUAGACCUUCAAAACCGUGAUAAGAAGAUCUACCAGAAGAUGUUCGAGCUGUACAGCUCUGGAGAUAACGUGGGCACGAGCGAGAAGAACGAGAAGAAAAUGGAGACUUCUGCAUCUAUCGAGCCGCAAACAGCUGCUUGAUGAAGAGCCCUUUUUCGCCGUUUAAUCCUUCAAAAUCAUUCCCACAUAUGUUCCCCUACCUGACGUCAAUGCCACCUGCGAGAAUUCGUCAGCAAUUUUUUUUUUCAUUCUCCUUUCUCGCUUUUCAGAGAAAGAAUGCAUCUCCAUUGUGAUCGAAAACAGAUCUUGAGGUCAUUUGUUUAUUCGCGGUUUCGGGUACGCCUUAAUAACUCACGAAAUCUGCCUUUUUGUUUAACGGCGAAUAUGAGGUUCGUAAAAAGUG